CCGGUCGAAUGUUGAAAAAAGCUGGUAAGGAUAUUCCAACGAAGUCCGGGACAAAAACAAAUCCUAAAUCUCAAAAAGAGGUUCCCGGUCAAAUGUUGGACAAAGCUAGUAAGGAAAUUCCAACGACGUCCGGGACAAAAUCUCAAAUUAUGAUGCGUCUUGAGAAAAUGGUGGAAGAGUCAGAUAUUAUGCACGGCGCCAUCCGUAGUGUAGAUAUGGAUGAAGGUGUUUUCGGAAUUGCUCAUUCCGAAUUAAUUGCAAAGGAGGACAUGCAACAACUUUUUGAACACGAAGAAUUGGGCAUCGCUGUCAUUCAUACAUACAUAUGGUACUCCGAUCAAUCUAUUAUUUACUUAGUUGAACAAUUUAUUUACACAUUUCAAUGAGUAGUCUAAUGUUUAUUAUGUUUCUAUUUAAAGUAUAUGUAUGACACAUUGAUGCGGGGAACUGAAUUGUGUAAUCGAUUCAAUUUUAUUGCUGCUUCCCGUAUCAACACAACGUUUAUAACGAAAAAUCCAACAUCCAUAAUGAAUGAACUAGUCGAUAGAUUCAUGGUGGCCGGCGAUAAUACUACACCCAGUUUGUAUUUUUUACCGUUUAAUUCUGGCAACGGGUUAGAUUUUCUUUCUAAUAAUUUCAUUCUAAUCUAUGUAUAUCUUUUACGUAGAAAAUUUUCAUGCAUCUAAAUUUUUGUUUUAUUUUACAGUGGUCACUGGGUGUUGGUUGCUAUGGAUCUUUCGAGACUAAUGG